CACAUAUUCUUGUCGAUAUUAUUGUUGACCUUGCUUUGAAUGCAGGACAGCGGCUCCGUGCGCAUGUUGACUGGACCUAUAAACCGUGUGCCAGCUUUUACGACUAUUCGUGUGGUGGUUGGAUCCGCACUCACCCAUUCCCUUCAAACAGAAAAAAGUUAUCCGUCGAUGACUUGAUUGUGGAAAUAGCUGAACAAAAGACAAUGGAGUUCCUCUACGAAAACGUACAGCAUAUUGCUUCGUACACGGAUCCCUUGCUUCAUAACGCCAUAAGGUUGUUUCAAGGUUGUAGUGACAAAAGCUCCUUAAUGAAGAACCCAGCUUUGAGCAUUCAGGCAGCUCUAGAUGAGAUCCACCUAUCGGAAUGGCCAUACGACGAAGAACCCCUUGACCUCGAGAUUCCGGAAGUUCUUGCGUUAGCCGCGCGCAAACUUGGCGUCCAUCCCUUCUUCGUUUCCUCGCUCGAGGUGGACACGACCACUUCCUCUGGAUGGAUAUUUGUGUUUAAGGAACCCAGGACGGUGAUUCCAGGAGACGCUUACCUCUUCGAAGAUUUCCCUGUGAAGUACCAGAAGCUCGUGACCAAGGCCAUGUCCUUUGUGAACAGCGACAAAAACAUCCAGGCGAUGUCCGAGCCAGUUGUGGAGGUCGACCACGAAGUGUUCAGGAUCUUGGAAAAGACCAAACGUGUAACAGAUUACACUGUCGAGUACUACAGGAAAAAGUUGGCCCAGGUCAACAAGAAGAAAGAUUUCGACAUGGGGCUCUUCCUAACUUCUCUAAUGAGUGACAUCACCGUCCUGGAUUCAGACACAGAGUUUGUUGAGGCUGCUCCAAACCUUCUACAGCACGUGCAGAACCUGACAGCUUCGUUCAACAAGAUUGCUGUUCUAAACUACGUUGGCUUCCGAGCGCUGUUGUCGCUGUCCCCCUUGUUGCCCCACAACGACGGCCGGGACUUAGCACACCUCUUGUACGUCCGUGAAAUCCCAACGCGCACGUCUUCCAAACGAUGGAAGUUCUGCAUUCGGUUGCUGGAGAACGUGUACAAACUGCCGCUAUUGCAGCUUCAGGCCGAAUCGUUCGAGAAGAAAGACACCUUUCAGACGAUCAACAGAACUGUGGAGCUCCUCAAGAAGUACUUCUUCAGGCAGAUCCGAAAUUCAAGCCACUUUGGACACGAUACAAAAGAUAUAGUUAUCAACAAGUUGCGCUUGCUGAAAAUGGAAUGCUUCAACAGUCAUCACAUCUCCAACCAUGAAGCACGGGAGAGGCAUUACCAUGGGGUUCCCGAUAUCGAUCCGUCAAAUGUCCUAUCCGAUUAUACGCAGACACUAAUUGUCGUGCUACAAAACUACUGGAGUUCCUACGGCGGCACGGGAAGCCUCUUCAGGUGGCACGGAUCCAUCUUCGACACCGAAGCCACCUACGACCACUUUGAUAACACUCUGUACAUUCCUAUGGCUGUAUUCAUGGAAGACGUCAAGUACAACACUUUCCAUUCGCCGUUGUACUUUCCACGGAGUGGUCGUCGCAUUAUGGAAGCCCUCUACACUAUGAUUGAGAGAGACGCGUCAUUCUUCGGCCGUAACAACGAGGUGACAGCAAGCUCCUAUUGGGAUUACGUGACGUUGAAUGGCUACCUGUCGCUGCGCCGCUGCCUCAAGAAACAAUUCCAGAAAAAGACCCCUUCUCGUUUUCCUUCGAGCCUGAUGAACGCUCCAAACCCUUCGAUGAAAUUGAGCCAGGAUGUCAAGGAUAACGCCGUACUCCAAAUCGUCCUCGAGGCUUUUAGGGAGGCAAUGCUUGACUUUGGUUACAAGCCUGGUGGCUUAGUUUUGCCAGAGUUCACCGAGACGACAACGGACCAGUUGUUCUUUUUGUUAUACAGCACGAGCUAUUGCGAAGUGACAACUCAGGAAGCGCAAAUGGCGGAUGAUGUCAGCAGCACGUCUCAUCCACGUCGUUCCAGGGUCAAUUUGUCGCUGCGAAACAUCCCGGCCUUCGCGACCGCGUUCGCUUGCACCAAUGUCACCGAGAUGAAUCCAACCAAGAAGUGCCGCUCCUGGUGA